GCCUGUUAAAUUAACUGCAUUGCAUUAGACUCUUUAUUCAGUGUCUCUUCCAUAUUUUGUGGUGCUGUAAUGUCAAAUGGAUUGCUCCAGCUGGCAAUGCUCCACAAUAGAGAUGGUGAAGUUUAUUCUGCUCAGAUAUUCUGCUCUUUUACAUUUUCCAUAGAUUUCACUUACAACUGUAGACCUUUGCAUCUUGAAAUGGCAUAUUGACAUUAUUCAACACAGUUAAGAACGAACUAUUUUCCCUUUGUUUGUUUGAACUGACAACCAACUUUUAACUUAGAAUUUACUUUAAGCUGGUGUCACACAUGACCAAAAUCCGAAAUAUUAGAUGACACUUUAUUUGUAUGACUGUGCAAUUUGUCGCAAGCGUGCAAUCAUAGACAUAACGUAAUGCAGUCCAAUACAAUUUCCCAUUCAUGCCCAUUAGCAUAGUAUAGCAACAAAUGUUACCUUUGUGAAGGUUCGUGUUCAGUUUUGUUUAGCAUUUGUCAAAUAAGUGUUCAUUGUCAAAUUUUUAGAUUUAAAGCGAUUCUGUCCACCCCCUGCACGUCUGAGGGCAGCAAGUAACAACAUCAACAGCAAGUUUAUUCAAUUUGUUUUAAGUUUAUUUUUCUCAUAUUUUAGGAGCAUUUAUUUUAAGACAGUUGAGUGAACUGCCCCAGCUUGGCUUUGUGUGUGAGACAACUUUCAGUUCAUUCCCUUUGUUCUCAAUGUGUUUUUCCUGGUCUCUUUCUCUUUUCUCUACCACUGUGUAUGUCUUGUCUUUGUUUGGACAUUGGAUCUUUACAUUAUUCCACUCACCUAAGUCUGGCUCUCAGUUGUCUAUGAAUCAGGAGGCAGUAGACCCUUCACUGGUAGCCGGUUCACCAGUUGUCCAAUCAGUAACCGUCCCAUCAAUAAACCCUAAUAUUGUUUCAGUGGAUGCUCUUCUACCUUCUAGUAACACCACUCCCUCCUGUACCCCACUUCCCCUGGAACUCCAUAUAGAUGAAGACAGUUGUUCAGCCCCCACAUCUUUGGCUUGUUCCACUGUAGUGGGAGAGUCCAAAAGCCUUCAGUAUUCACAGAUCCAACAGAUUGGGGAUGGUGUCAGUGUCACCACCUCUGAGAUCUCUCAUGUGGAGAGCCUCAGUAUCUCUAGUACCAUAAAGCCUCCUAGUCAAAGUGAAGUUGACAGCUCUACACAUAUAUCAGUCACUAAAAUCUCUGCUACUCAAGUCUCAAGUCCACUUGGAAAGAGUUCAAGUCCAGUUACUGCUGGCAGAAGUUCUAGUCCAGUAUCCACUGCCAUGAGCUUCAGUCCAGUAGUUGUUUCCAAGAGCCCUAGUCCUGUCACUGUAUCUGUAAGCCCUAGUUCCAUUCUUAGAGCCAAGAGUCCUAGUCCACCUGAUCUUAAAUACUCCAAUCUAAGUCUUUCUUACAAGAGUCCGAGCCCAAUCUCUAAAAGCGACAGUCCAGUUCCUGUGAGUCAAAGUCCAGAGGUGAAAACUGCUAGUCCAGUCACAGUUCCUAGGCUUUCAAGUCCAGUUCCAAAAAGUGCAAGUCCAGUGACAGUCCCUAAUAUCUCUGGUCCAGUAACUGUACCAAAGAGUGCUAGUCCAGAAACAGUUCCCAAGAGUGCUAGUCCAGUGUCAAUUCCAAGACUUUCAAGUCCAGUUCCAAAGAUUUCAAGCCCUGUGGCAAUACGUAGCAUCUUUAGUUCAGCAAGCGUACCCAAAAGUUCUAGUCCUGAAACAUUGCCAAAGAAUGGUGGCCCAGUCAUACUCCCAAAGCUUUCAAGUCCAGUAACGGUUCCGAAGAGCGAAACUGCAGUUCCUAAGAGUCCUGCUUCAGUCGCCAGAAAAAUUUACACAGUUGCAGGGACCAGCAGUCCCAGAGCAUCACCAGUUCAACUUGCUGCCGCACCAUCAAAUAGCCUCUCUUCCCCUCCCUCAGAUAAGCAGGGGGGGGAAAUACUGGAUUUAUCAUGGCCAUGCCGGGAGCCUUUAUUGGAUGAUGCUUUAGACAAACUUUUAUCCCCUGACUCCACCCAACCGAGUGAGAACCAGCCACCUGCCUCCCUUAUGGCUGGAGAUGAAGACAGGUCUUGGGAAGAGGAGGACGGAAUCUACCCAGAUCUCAGCCGAGAGGGAACCCUGACGCCCAUGACUGAGUCCAGCUGGAUGGAUGAGUGUUUCACCCCCUCCACCUGCCCUGGGACACCAGAUGCAACGCUGGACCUGCCCACCCAGCAGCCCUCUGCUGUUGAGCGGCUAUCUGCUUCUGGCCAACUCAAGUCAGUUAUCCGCCGCACCAAAGAGACCUCCAAUGUGCACCCGAUGUACAGGGAGGGAAUGUUACGACGUAAAAUGGGACCGAUCAUUGUGAAUAAGAGCAACUCGCAAGACCGACUCAUUGAGGAGCUGCAGGGGAAACUGGGAAUUGGUCGGGCAGAGCGGACCAUCCGGCGUAAACAGCAGCCAGAUGAUUGGCUGACGGAGGGAGUCAUUGUUAUGUCCAACCCACAGCGAACACGUGAAGAAGGGGCCCACCCAUCUGUGGAUAAGGUAGACAUUAAAGGGGCACAGCAGGAGUCAGUGCUAUUCUGGGACCACAUUAAAGCGACAGUCAGAAACUAUAUGUCACUCUGAUGGUUUAUCUUUUGUUUGUUUGGCCUAUGGUCAAGAAAUUAACUGGCAAAUAUUAAAUAUAUAUGAUGUCUCAUCGCAUUGCUAUAAAAGUUGUAUUCAUCUUUGGCACUUUAAUCAGUUCAUUUUGUGGUGUCAGUUUUGUGUCUAUUACCAUUUCUUUUUCUUCAUUCUGUUCACACCUGUUUUUGUGUGCUACCUGUUUGCUCUCCUCUCUUUGCUCUCCUCUCUUUGCUGUUUCCUUUCUCCUUCUUUCUCCCAGAUCGUCCUCCCUCCAGAAUCACCUGCCCCACAGAGAAAAAUCCUUCCCCCUCUGCAAUCUCCCCCAGCACCCAAAAAGCCACCCCCAGUCAAGCAGACUCCUCCGCCACUACCUCCUCCCCCUCCGACCCCUCCCCCUCCUCGGGAACCCACCCCGCCACCCCCCAAGGAGCCUACUCCUCCCCCCAAGGAGCCAACUCCUCCCCCCAAGGAGCCCACGCCUCCCCCUGUCCAGCCCCCUCCAUCACCUAGCCCUCCUCCCAAGCCCAUCACACCAUCUCCGCCUCCCAAGGUCUUUAUAUCAGUGGGUUGUCAGACCGAGUACGACCCCGUCUUCCCACCAAUGCAGGCAUGGAUCACCUUUCUUCACCUCCCCUUCUCUAUGACCUCAUACUCUCCUUCCACUUUCUAUUGCUCACUUCCUUUCUUUUACACGUUGAAUUGUUUUACUUGAGCGUUUUUGUGGGUCAUCUGGUUCAAAUCCAACAGCUGCACUUGGUGCUAUUUUAUAAUUUGUCUGGUCGUUGACUCUGUUUUAGACCUCUGGUGUCCACUCACGCCAAGUUCCAGCAGGUAGCCUCUUUAAAGCUUUGUCUGACAUCCAACCAGUUCAGGUUAUGACUGGUGCUGACAUUCAGACUGGAGAGACUGAGCCCCUUUUCUAAUUCUGACAUCUGACGGCGCCAUGGGCUGUGUGUUCAGAGUGGAGUGGAGAGUUUAAGAGCUUAGAGGCAAGAGGAGCGUAACCCCCCAUGUUCCCGGCACACUAACAGUCCUGCCAUGUGCAGGAAUGGUAGGCUCGCAGUGCAACUGAAACCUAAUCUGCCACAUGACAGCACAGUUACCACCACAGUUAUAGCAUCCCCCACAGGACGUCCAUCAACAGGUCCCACUAGGUUAGAUACCAUCAAGUUGUUGAAUGCCAUGUACGUCACCCCUUUCAGAAUCCAUAGUGUCUUUAUUGAAGUAGAUUUUUAGAGUAGAAGAUUGAUAUGAAAGCUUGAGUACAAUUGCAUUCAGGUCAAACAAGUGGCUAUUUUAUUUUGUCAAAGGUAGGCUGGGCCAUUUUUGUGUGUGUUAACAGUGUGUGUGUGUGUGUAUAUGUGUGUGUGUGUGAGAGAGAAAAUACAUGGAGCAGAGAUGCUAUUUUCUCUCUAAGAAGAAUGUAAGAGUCAUGAAGCUCCAGUAACAACAUCAUCUGAGAAGGUCUGUGUUUGCUUACAUUACAGUAGCCAGACACAUCCAAACACACACACACACACACAUACAUUAGGGUUUAUGAGAACAUAUUUUGUCCUGUUUAAUAUGUCCAUGGCUUAAUUUCUCUGCAUCUCGUCUCUGUCUACCUGACAGAGGAGACAGCAGAGCAGCAUUUAAGUUGUUCGCUUGCUCUACUACUUACAAUUCAGGGGGAGACUAAUGUUGUAUGACAUGGAGGUAAGUCCAAAAAAUGAUUGUCCAACAUAAUGAGAACAUAUACCAAACACAGACAUGGUGAUUAGUAAAGAAGAACAGGGGUCAUUAUACCCACACAAACAAUGACAUGACGAACUAUGACUGCAGAGCUAACCAUGGUUCUGAUUCAAGACUCCGACUAAAUGUCAUUAGCUUAAGCAUAAGAGCUUUCUGCUGUUUUGUCAACUCGUCAUACAUCUGAAUGGCAUAGUGAAGCCUCUUUGGUCUUCCGUCUC